UAUUUUUACACAAUAAUUCUAUUAUAACAGUUUUGAGUUCUGUAACUAAGUGCAUUUGUUUAAAGCAAACAUCAAAAUUCAACUUUUAUGGUAAAUUAUUUAAUUACUGGCUUUUGCAGCAUCAUGUGUGCAAUAUGAUCACAAUAUUCCAUUCAAUGAUUUUUGUGGCAUCUCCACUCAGAUGGCUGAUAAAUUUAGAACUUGAUUCACUUUUGCCCAUGACAGUAAUGCAAGUUUCUGCCAUUGGGGAGUUUAUACUGAAGCAGCUGAAACUCCUUGAAUGCAAACAAGCGAUACAUAUCCAACGACUUAAAACAGUGGGAAGAGGGAGCACUUUGGGGGGAAAGGAACACAAAAGGGUACAUGUUGUGUAAUUUAUUACAGUUCUAAUGCUUUAACAUUGUUCAUCAUGAAUAGCCUGAGAAGUGGGUAUAUGAGAGGCAGGCCAAGCUACUGACAAAAAUGACUGUUUUUUCCAGGAAGGCCUAACAACGUUGACAUGCAAGAGGUUAUGCAGCAGACAUGAACGGUAACUUGAGCCACUCACCCCAGCCAGUGUUCAUGGUGGAUUCUGGCGGAGGUCACCCUAAACAACAUCGAUAUUACCACCAGCAGUUGCCCAGACCACCGGUGCCCAGACCACCGGUGCCCAGACCACCGGUGCCCUGCUGGACCUUCCCCCCUGCCCGAGCUGAGAUGAAGAACAGGGGCUGGGGGAGAAUGAAUGGUGGGAUAGCCUGGGUACUGACACUGAUACUCCUGCUGGUUUUUGCAGCCCUGGGACUGGGUGCCUAUCAGAUCCUGAGGUUACAGACUGAAAUGGAGCGGCUGACACAGGAAAUACCCACACAAAUGCAGAGCCCCGCGCCACAGAAACAAAUUGGCCUGAAUCCUGCUGAGCUGAACAAGAACAAACAAAACUCUGCAGCACACUUAAUAGGUCGUGCCGACCAGAGCACAUCAUCUGGAAUUCUGAAGUGGGAAGCAAAUCUCGGUGAUGCCUUCACAGAAGGUGUUAAGUACAUCAACGGCGGCCUUCAGGUCAACAAGACCGGUUUGUACUUUGUUUACUCCCGCGUGGAGUUUCUUUCACCCAAGUGCAACCCCAGAGACUCUUACACUCACUUAAUGAGUCGGCAGAGAACUGGUCACAACCGGAUAAUCAUGGAAGAUCACCAAGAGGGCUUUUGUACAGCGGGGAGCAAACAUCCGUGGAUGACCGGCAGUCAUUUAGGCUCGCUUCAGCAUCUCAAGCAGUCUGACUGGCUGUUUGUCAAUGUCUCACACCCCCAUCUGAUCAGCAAAAAUUAUCACAGCAACUAUUUUGGCCUCUUCAAGAUCAACUAAUCAUAGAGGACUAUUAUGUGAUGCAUAUGAAGGGCAUGAUUGUGAUUUCAGAUGAAGAGGUCGGCAAUCUCUGGACUACCCUGAGAUCCUCAGAGCUUCACUGCAAUGCAAUUUGUCUGCUUCACAAUUGAUUUUGAAUGUAUCAGUUGCCUGUGGCCAUUAAGUUCUUUUGGAAAGUCGUGCAGAAGAGUUUCAGAAUGAAUGAACACUAAUAUGCUUCUGUAUCAGGAGAAAUUAGAUUAAAUACAAAUAUUUAUUUUCUUUAAAGUCUGAUUGUAUAUUCAUAGGAUCAGUGGUCAUAUUGACUGAGUAAUAUAUCAAUAAUGGUUAAGAAAUGUGGUCAAUAAAAAAUUGUAAAUUGCAAGAACUGUUGUUGAUUUCAAAAGUGAAUCAAGGUAGGAUGUCUCACACUCUGAGAUGAGUUACAUUUUGUGUCGAGGUUUUUCCAUGCCCAUUAAUAUUUGCAUGUGAUAGUGGGUUGGCUGUCUCUGGAAAUUAUGUUGAUUUUCUGGUUGAACAUUUCCAGAGCUAUUUAUUUAAAAUAAAAAUAAAUAAAAAAUAAUAUUCCUUC